GUGUGAGUGUGUGAGUGUGUGCAGAUACAGAUGUAUACAGGUGCUGCGUCCCUGUGUGUCCUGAUGACCCGGUGAGCCUCAGCAGAUAAGGUGAACAGCCGGCAGAAGGAGGCGUGGCCAGAGAGACAGGAGAAAGAAAAACCCAGAGGAGCCGUACAUAACAACCAGAAAGACAUGGAUGAGGAGAGGAGGAGGAGGAGAAUCCUUGAUUCAGGGAUUGCCGUGGGGAAACCUCGGUCACAUGACUCCAGCUGUCCGGCGGUCCUGCUCAGUCUGAUGUGGCUGACAUGGAGGAAGAGGACGCCCCGGCUGCUCUGACGUCUGCUGAAGACAGUAAAGAAGUCAUGGCGGUGAAGGGAGACAAAGAAGUGUCUUUCCAGGAGACGGUGGAAACAACGGUGACUACUGUGACGAGGGUUGUGGAGACGACUACGGCAAGGAAGGGUGCGCAGGAGAGGGCGGAGAUCCAAAGUGAGAAAUUAUCAGAGGAGGAAGAGGAGGAUGAAGAGGAGGAGGAGGGGGGAACUGAAGCAGAGACAGAGGAAGGAGACGAGAGCGGAGAGGAAGAGCAGAGCCGAGCAAAGACGUUGUUGGGAACCUGGGAAUCUGAGGCCUCCUCGGACUCAAGACCUCCUCUACCAGACCCAGCAUUUAACCGGAGAUGCAGCCUUCUCGUCAGCGAUGUGAAGUAUAAGGAGGACUUUGAGAAGAUGAGAGGUCAGAGUCUGUUCGUCCCAGGAGCCGAACUCAUUCACUCCAAGAACAUCAGCGCGGUGAUCUCUGAGUCCAAAUACAAAGAAGAGGGGAGGAAGGAGGCGUCCAUGUCUCUGUACUCCAUCCUGCCUCAGACUCCUGAAACUCAACGAGCCAGAGAGACGUCAGAGCUGCAGAGUGAGAUCAAAUACAAAGGGAACGUGAAGACAGAGAUCUCCUCCUCUCUUUAUUCUCUGCUGCCAGAAACGACAGAAACUCAGUUUGUCAAAGAACUCACCGAGAUGCUGAGCGAGAACAAGUACAAGGAGGAAGGGAGGAAGGAGAUGAGCAGCAGUUUGUACUCUCAGCUUCCUGAAACCUCGGAGAUGCAGCUGGCCAAGGCGGUCCACGAGUUCCAGAGCGAGAAAAAGUACAAAGCAGACGGGAAGAGAAAAGCCUCCAUCUCCCUCUACUCCCAACUCGCUGAAACUCCAGAAAUACAACACGCUCUGGAGGUUUCCCAGCUGCAGAGUGAGGUGAACUAUCGCCCUAAGCUGCUGGUGAAAGGAGCUCCGUCCUCUCUGUACUCUCAGCUGCCCGACACCACAGAGAUCCAGUUUGCCAGAGAGAUGACUGAGAUUCAGAGCGAGAGUAAAUACAAAGAGGGCAGGAAGAGCCUCUCUCAGAGCUUCUACUCUCAGCUCCCAGAGACCGCAGAGAUUCAGUUUGCUAAAGGAGUUGCUGAGCUGCAGAGCCAGACGCGGUACAAGGAGGCCGGGAAGAAGGGCGUGAACUCGUGUUUGUACUCUCUUCUGCCGGAGACUUUGGAGACGGCUCACGCCAGGGAGGUGUCUGAGCUGCUCAGUGAGGUGAAGUACAAAGAGGAGGGUAAGAAGGAGAUGAGCAUCAACCUGUACUCCGUUAUGCCUGAGACCAUCGACACCCAGCACGCCAAAGAGACGUCAAACCUACAGAGCGAGGUGAAGUAUAAAGAAGGUCUGAAGCAGAGGAUCCAGAGCAGUUUGUACCAUCAGCUCCCAGAGACCACAGAGACACAGCUGGCCAAACAGCUGUCUGAGCUGCAGAGCGAGACGAAGUAUAAAGAAGCGGGAAAGAAAGAAGCCAACACCUCCCUGUACUCUCUCCUUCCUGAGACUCUGGAGACGCAGCACGCUAAAGAGGCCGGGGAGCUGCUCAGUGAGAUUAAGUACAAAGAAGGCGGGAAGAAAGAGAUGUGCAGCUCUCUGUACUCCACUCUGCCGGACACGACAGAGACCAGCUUCGCCAGAGAGAUGACGGACAUGAUGAGCCAGACCAGGUACAAGGAGAACGGCAUAAAGAGCCUCCCUCAGAGUGUGUACUCUCAGCUAUCAGAGACCUCAGAGACCCAGUUUGCCAAAUCUGUGUCUGAGCUGCAGAGCGAGAUGAAGUACAAAAGAGGAAAGAAAGACGUGUCCAGCUCUCUGUACUCCACUCUGCCGGAGACUCUGCAGACGCUGCACGCCAAAGAGGCUUCUGAGCUGCAGAGUGAGCUCAAGUACAAGGCGGCUCUGAAGAAAGGUGGUUCCUCCAGUCUGUUCCACCUGCUGCCCGAGACUUUAGAGACCGCCCACGCUAAGGAGGUCUCCGAGCUUCUCAGCGAGGUGAAGUACAAAGAGGAGGGUAAGAAGGAGAUGAGCAUCAACCUGUACUCCGUUAUGCCUGAGACCAUCGACACCCAGCACGCCAAAGAGACGUCAAACCUGCAGAGCGAGGUGAAGUAUAAAGAAGGCCUGAAGCAGAAGACUCAGAGCACUUUGUACCAUCAGCUCCCGGAGACCACAGAGACACAGCUGGCCAAGCAGCUGUCUGAGCUGCAGAGUGAGACCAAGUACAAGGAGGCGGGUAAGAAGGAGGUGGAGAAAUGUCUGUACUCUCUGAUGCCUCUCACCAUGGAGACGCAGCACGCUAAAGAAGCCGCAGAGCUGCUCAGCGAGAUCAAAUACAAGGAGGGCGGGAAGAAGGAGAUGUCCAGCUCCCUAGUUCCCCUCGAACAUGUGAGACGUGUUGAACCUCAGAGGAUGAAGGUCGUCCGUCCUCUCGUGUGUUUGAGCACAGCUUUGUUCGGAUUAUCAGAGUUCUGUUUGGAGCAGCGCCUCACAAAGUAA